AUGGUCGUUGCAGAAGGCCUCGAGGCCGGUAUGUUCCUUACUUCCGAUCAAGGUUUUGCAGGGUCUUGGCUGCAAGACCGUGCGUGGUUCUCCAUCAUCUGCAUUGAAUCGCGGGUUGGCUCCCGAACGUCUCUUGUUGAUCGGUCCAAGCCGAAGUGCCAUGGCCAGAAGCUGCGCUGCGUGCGCGACGCCAAGAGUGAUAUCGGUGCUUGCGUUCGCUGUCUCCGCCAGGGCACCCAGUGUGUGUACAGCCUCAGCUUGCCGAAAGGACGACCAAGCAUGUAUCGUUGGGCCGAUACAGUCGGACCUGGGGAGACACAACCCACCAAGACGACCGCAUCGUCGUCAGACGCCGCGUCAGACGUCCAGCCCGAAGUAGAAUCAAGUAGCAACAAUAGUGGGAGCACCGCAAGCGGCAGCAGUACUGGCUCAUCUAAUGGACGCCCAGGAAGCGCGGCUCGGUCCAGCAGCUCCAGCAGCUCUUCCGGUGACGACGACAACAUCAACACUGGUAAUUAUGUGGCACAGCCAUCCAGCAGGUCAGACUCCGGCUCGAGCCUUGCCAAGCCGACUGACGAGGAUGCCGUCAUGAAUGAUACUCUUCUCCCUGACACUGAUGCCUUCGGCGCCUCCUGGCUCGACCCAAACGCCUGGUCCGGUACUGAGAUGCUCGAGAACCUCGGCCCAGCGUCCCAACUGGACUUCAGUUCGGUGCUGGAGCACUCGAUAGACCCAAACAUCCGCCACCAAGAUGUCGACAUUGACUACUUCAACCAUCAACAACACCCGCCAAGGUGGCGGGAACGAAGUCACUCUGCCUUUUGUGGCAGCACCAGCUCAUUGCCUGACCUCUCUACAGACCACGUCACAAGCAUAAGCCAACUUUCGCAGUUGACCAUGAGGCUAUCCCAGCUUUAUCGGUCAAAUGAGAGUCUCAAUGAGACUGUGCGCAUGUCGUACCGACGCGGCUCUGUCGGCCACGACGGGCACGUCAGAAGCCCUCUGGUCGACGACGGCGUUUUUAAGCUGGUCUCCGCGUGGUUGUCCUACCUCUCUUCGAAAGCGACCCCUCAGACAUCCAUCGACCCGCCUACUUCGCCCGACGACGGCGCAGACGUCCUUGGUGUCGUACUGUGUGGCGUCUUCACUGCAUCAGGGGAUCUGCUCGAGAUCCUUAGAGGCCUGAUGCCACCGUCCGACCCUUGGAGCGCCGCUCCCGCUCACCACGGCAACAUGAGCUCCAAUUUCAACUCCCUGACGACGGCACCCAAUGGUGCCACUUGCCAACCCAAACCCCAGCAUCAGCAUCAGAAGCACCGCGUCCGGACGGCAUCUGUGAGCAGUCAGGCUGUCUCUCAAAGCCCCGUCACCAGCCACCUUCUCUUAGCAUGCCACACCAUGCUCCUGACCAUCUACAACUUUGUGCUGAUCGCACUCGAGAGCGACGUCGAUCUGUGCUGUCUCAACACCGCGUCCCUAUCUUCUCCUCCAGCCGACCUAAUGCUGGGCACAAGACUCGGCAGUACGAGGAGCAGCUCAAGUGGUGGUUUUGGCCUCGGCGGCCAUCCUUGCGGCGGUCCCUGUGGCGGCAUCGGCCCGCUAUCUAAUAUCCGGCUCGUCAUGGUCGUCCAGCUCUGCUCAUAUCUGAUCAACCAACAGCACCAAUCUAUAACUACCUAUUUAUCGGGUGUCGCUGCCCCGAGGGACGGGCAGUUCUUUUCCUCCUCGCCAUUAAGGAACACCUCAGCGAGUUGGGAACAAACGUCGAUUAAUGGGGAUUACAAAAGCGUUACCCAGCUAAUGUCUGAUAUUCAGGCGAGGACGAACCGGCUUUUGAAGAGUCUCGGGCGCCAGGAGCUUUGA